AUGCCCUCUAUUAGAUCUGCUCUUUUCGCUGUCGUAGCAUCGACAUGCACGACUCAAGCCGUCACUGUUCAAAACGCCGAAGCAGCAUAUCAACAGCUUCAGGGCUGGUACAACCAGUCCAUAGGUCUCUGGAUACCAUCGACCGGCUGGUGGAAUUCGGCAAACUGCAUAACGGUCAUCGCGGACCUAGCUGCUAUCGAUGACUCCAUCAAAGUUCGAUCCCAGGGCGUGUUCCAGAACACAUACUACAGGGCUCAACAGUACAAUCUAGACAUGCAAAAGACCGUUGGACCUGACUGGCUCCCUUGGACUUACUAUGGUAAUCAUUGGCCACAUUACCCACCAGGCUGGCACCAUCCCGCUCCCGUGCAGACCAACGGCUUUCUCAACGACUACUACGACGAUGAAGGAUGGUGGGGACUUGCGUGGGUCGCUGCCUAUGAUGUGACUGGUAACCCGCAAUAUCUGCAAGAAGCUCAAUCGAUUUUCGAGAAUAUCAAGGCUGCUUGGGGCACAACGCCAUGUUCAGGCGUCUGGUGGGACAAGGCACACACUUAUGUCAAUGCCAUUGCAAACGAGCUCUUUCUCGAUCUAGCUGCACAUCUAGCCAAUCGUGGUGGUAGCCAGUCAGCAUACUAUCGGUCAUGGGCAGUCCGUCAAUGGAAUUGGUUCCAGAAUAGUGGGAUGAUCAAUGCCCAGCACACCAUCAACGACGGCCUGGACAACACGACAUGCAAAAACAACGGCGGGACGGUGUGGUCGUACAACCAGGGUGUCAUUCUCGGUGGCUUGUCCGAGCUCAGUCGUGCCACUAACGAUCAGUCUUAUAUCACCAUUGCGAAGCAGAUCGCAGAUGCCGCAAUUACGAAUCUGACUGACAGUAACGGUAUCCUGCACGACGUGUGCGAGCCUAACUGCGGAGCUGAUGGAAGUCAAUUCAAGGGAGUGUUUGCUAGAAAUCUCCAGAUCUUGCAGAAGGCGAGUCCAGAGGGCCGCUAUGCUACGUUCCUGCAAAAGAACGCAAACAGUAUAUGGGCGAAUGAUCGGCAAGGCAGUGCCCUGAGUGUGGUGUGGUCAGGUCCGUUCGUAUCGCCGGCCAAUGCCUCAACUCAGAGCUCGGCUAUGGACGCCAUCGUUGCCGCAUUGGCAACAUCAUGA